UUGUUUUGUUUUAUUGAUUGUGGCUAUUGGAUCUGUGGCUAGGAGUAUUCGGGACAAUCGUCCCGUUUCAACGUUUAGUGAUAUUACAAAUAUGACUGAGUUCACCAACCAAAUACGGACUACUUUUUUGGAUGAAUUGGAUCUUAACGCGAAUUCUGUUGAUGUUCGACAGUUGAAUAUCAGUCAAGAAGAGUACGCAGACACAUACAAGAAAUACGUAGAAUUACGUGAAGAAGAUUUAAAAACAAUGGCCAAAGAAAACAGUAUUAUUACUCCAGAAUUAGAUAAUAAUUUACAAAUCCAAAGAUUUCAUACAUUCAAUGCCACAACAAAUGAUACAAUUGCUGGUAACACAUUAAUAUUUCCAAUAAAUGAAUUACACGAAAAAUACAGUUCAGAUGAUUCUGUGCUCGAAAUCACUCGUGCUUCUCUACGAAUAUUAAUGCCAACUGUAAUACCAACUGUAAAUAAUAAAAUAAAUUUAAAAAUAUACGAUGCAAGUGAAAGUAGUCUAAAUGAAGAUAAUUCUAGUUCGAAUAGUAAUAGUGGUAAAUUAAUUAUAUCGAAGGAAUAUGAAGUCAAAGAUUUAGAAGAUCGAUGGAUUGAUUUCGAUGUGGAAUCAACGGUUGAAUCCAAUUUAAUAAAUAAUUUAAGUAGUUUAAAAUUAAUUGUAGUUUGUGAUACAUGUAAACGUAGUUUAACGCCCUUACAAAUCAAUCAGCAAGCAUAUUUAAAUAUAUUAAUAACGAUUGAACAACCAAGUAAAAAACAAAAUUUAUUAUUACAACGGAUCAAACGAACAACCAACACCGAACAUAGAAAAUUACAAUUACGUAGUCGAAAAAGUCGACAGAAUAUCCGACCAUAUUGUAAUAAUCAGAACACUACAAAAUGCUGUCGAUAUCCAUUAAGCGUGACCUUCAAGGAUUUAGAAUCGUUCGAAUUCAUUUUGGAACCAAAGUCAUACGAUGCUGGAUAUUGUAAAGGACAUUGUCCGGUACGAUAUAAUCCAGCGAACAAACAUGCUCUCAUACAGAGUUUGGUGUGGAAGAAAGAUCGACGUGCUCCGAAACCAUGUUGUGCACCAAAAAAAUACUCCUCGCUGCAAAUUAUUUACUUGGAUAAAAAUAAUAAAAUGAAAGUUACAAAAUGGCCGAAAAUGUCUGUUGUUGAUUGUGCAUGUAUUUAAAUAUUUUAUUUUGUCUUGUCUCUGUCACUCUGACCUGUCGUUAACACUCGUCUUCAAUCAAAAUGGAGUCUCCAAGAGUUGGUACAGUCACGAAACUAGCCGUCUGGAUACUCACUCCAAUUUUCAUCGAAUACGAGUGUGAAAUUUUCUAAAUUAGAUGAAAGAUGAAAAGCGUGGAGUAAAAAGUGCCAUUUACUGGAACUAUUCAUCUAAAAUCUAAUUAAUUACUUUGGUCAAACUAAAAUUAGUUUAAAUAAUUAUUGUACGAAGUAACUAA